AUGUUGAGGGAGGUACCCCAACUCGCUCUGGAACACGAGUUUCUCAUGGACACAGUCCUCCUUGUCGCCAUGACUCACCUCGCUUAUACCGACCCCGUGUCUCGAGAGAGUCUGCCUAUCUAUCUAUACCGCGACCAGGCCCUACGCAGUUUUCGGCAGGCCGUUGCAGGCAUAACAGCGCAAAACAUCAGUGCCGUCAGAGCUGCAUCACACUUAUUAGCGGUGGUCUCUUUCGCGAUAGACCGCGUGACCAAGCAUUCCGGCAUAUGGGUCACCAAUUGGCUAGCCCUGGCGGUAGGCCAGAGGAACUUCCCGUCCAACGGAAGAUUAUAUGGACUUUCAUCCGGCCAGACAGGCAGCCGCUCCACGGGCUCUCUAUACGGAUCGUUUAGCGAUAUCUCGCUGCCUGCGGCAGUACUGCCUCAGAUCCAAGACAUACUCCCAAAGGAGGAAAGCGAUUGCGAUUGGGGGCGACGAGGCACUCUCUACGAGGUCACGGCGAGCCUCGGGAGGCUCAUUGCCAUCUUGGGAGAACCCCACGAGCAAUUAUGGCUGGAGAAGAAGAUCAAGGCAUGGGCUUUUGAUGUUGCGCCCAGUGAAUUUCUCGAAAUGGUACAACGGGGAAGCCACCGUGCUUUGAUCAUCUUGGCUUACUACCUUGUUCUUCUUAACCUUCUUCCAGCGACAUGGAUUUAUCAGGAUGUGGCCAGUCACGACAUGGAGGCAAUAGAGGAAAGUGUGGGGGUGGAAUGGCGGAAAUACAUAUCAAUCCCAAAGAUGGCAAUGCAGCUAGAUGACAAGGUUUCCAUUGUCCGGCUUCUCACCAACGAAACACAGGUUUAA